UCGGCCGUAACACGGCAGUUGGCUGGGGUUGGUUGCGGAGACUUUCGGACGAAGGUUAAAUUUAUCAAGUCGAAUCCGUCAAUUUGCACAGGUAUUCCACCAUGCCCGCGAAUAUCCGAAUUCUGUUUGAUAACCACUACGCAACAUUCUACGCUGGUCAGACUGUCACUGGCCGGGUUAUCGUGACUGUGGACAAACCCAAGAAAUUGAGAGCAAUCACUAUCAACUUUAAAGGAGAAGCAGAAGUGAAAUGGACUGAAACAGAGAGAAAGAAGGAUUCCCAAGGCAAAGAUUAUGACGAUCAAGUGAUUUAUAAAGCUACUGAAACAUACUACGAGAACAAAUACCAUCUGCUGGGCAGCGAGAGUGGUGAGAUCGAGUUGAAUCCUGGUGAAUACUCUUACCCAUUCACAUGUCAGAUUCCUAUCUCUGUUCCCUCCUCCUUUGAGGGUGAACAUGGUUAUAUCCGUUACACCGUGAAGGCAACUUUGGAUAGACCAUGGAAAUUUGAUCAAGAAUCUAAGGCUGCUUUCACUGUUGUAGCACCUCUUGAUCUAAACACGCUACCUCAAGCAAAAGAACCAAUAGAAUUUGAAAAAGUCAAAAAUUUUUGUUGUCUGUGGUGCAAGUCUGGACCUCUCACCCUAACUGUAAAGGUGCCUGCCGGUGGCUUUGUUCCUGGUCAAACUAUUCCAUUUCAGGUAGAAAUUGAAAAUGGAAGUAACAUCCGUGUCCGCCCUAUCAAUUGUGUUCUUCGAAAGGAGGUUACAUGGCAUGCAAGAGAUCCCAUUCACAAGACUCAAAAAACCAAAACUACUUUGGGGGAACUAGCUGUUGAUGAUGAAGUGAAGCCUCAUGAAUCUAAAUCUUUCUCAAAAGACAUUAUUGUACCUGCUAUACCACCCUCAAACCUGGCUAAUUGCGGAAUAAUUGAUUUAGAAUAUAUUCUGAAGAUUGAAGCAGUUGUCUCAGGAUUCCACAAAAAUGUCAGUGCUCGCAUUCCUGUAGUUAUGGGUACCAUACCUUUGCUGACUGGACCAACAGCAUACAAGCCUGGUGGCACUGCUGUUGUUCAGCCCGGCCAACCUUCACCAAAUCCAGCUUCUCCUGCAAAGCCUGCACAGCUUCCAUCACCAACCCUCGGCCUAGUCCCCAUCCCUACUCCAUCCCUAUCGCCUGCUCCUGCUCCUGCUCCUGCUCCUGCUCCUGGAUCCCAAGUUGGUGGUGGAUGGAAUCUGCCACCUGCUGCAGCACCUAGCACUCCCCCAUCAACCAAUCCGUCUACUGCACCCAGUGCUCCUCCACUGUACCCUCAGCUACCUCCUCCAAGCUAUGAGGAAAGCAUCUGGAAAGGAAACAGUAUCAAGGAUUCAACUGACAAUGAGCACACAAUGGGCAUCCAAGAUUUUACACCACGCUAUCCAGUCUGGACCUUUGACCCUGUUGCCCCACCAGCAGCGCAAGCGCCGUAAUUGAUUUGCAAAAGAAUCAAGAUAUUUUUUGUCUAUUUGUAUGCAGCUAAAAUGCUCAUUGAGAAGGACAAUAAUUUUUUGCCUAUGCUUUCAUACGUCUAUUGACACUUCUUUAAUUUGUUGUUCAAUAUCCUAAGAUAUUUAAAGAGAAAGGAUCUUGAAUUUGUAUUCAUUAAAUGACAGUAUAGUAAUUUAACAUUUCAAGUAUUUAGAUUUUAUAUUUUUUAUGUCCAUGGUUUUUGAGGUAUUUUAGCAAUUUAUGCUUGAUAUCAAGUUUUAUGUUUUGAACAAUGGCUGCUUAAACAUAGUUAUGUUCUUUAUCUGUCCUUGUCUUUCUAAUGCUUUGAAAAUUUUGCUCUCCAGGAAUGCAAUGGACAUAACUCUUUGUAGAUUGACUUUGUUAUGCUUUCUUAAUUCAUUUUUACAUUACCAAUUUUUUUGAUGUGAACUGUUAUGUUUUCAUGUGCAUGUGGUUUUGACCAAUCGUUUUAUUACCUAAAAUAUUGUUUAUAUAUUUAUUUUUUUCUGUAUUGUUUGAAAAGUUAUAGUACCGUCCAAAGCUCAAUUUUUUAAGUCUGUAUCUUAAUGGAAUCUCUAUUAUUUUUGUUACCUAAAUACCUUUGAAUGUCAGUACUGUAAUUCUGAGCUGCCUAAUUUUAUUGUGAAUCUCUGUUAUCUUGAUCAACUUUAGUUUCGAAUCUUAAAAGACUGUUCACCAACUUCUUAUUGUCCGCUUUGGAUUGAACGAGUAAUUUUUUGGUCAAAUACAAUUGUUUUUAAAAUGA